GGGCCGAUGUAAGUGGGAUGUGGUGACAGCAAGGAACCUCAGGAGGACAGGCUGGAUGCCCAAGUUGCGCAAUGGGCAACAAAUUAAGCUGUUCUUGUGCGCCGCUCAUACGUAAAGCAUAUCGGUAUGAAGAUUCGCCGUGGCAAGCAUCACGUAGACGGGACGGUCAUCUCCUGAGUGUGUUUAGGUUGUGGGCUGAAGUAUUCCACGUUUCGGCCAGCGGCGCUGGUACGGUCAAAUGGCAACAAGUGUCCGAGGAUUUGGUUCCCGUCAACAUCACCUGCAUCCAGGAUUCACCUGAGUGCAUCUUUCACAUCACAGCUUACAACAGCCAAGUGGAUAAAAUUCUUGACGUGCGACUAAUUCAACCAGGAACUCGAAUUGGCCAAGCAUCGGAAUGUUUCGUUUACUGGAAAGAUCCGAUGACCAGCGAUACUUGGGGUCUUAAUUUUACCUCCCCCAUUGAUGCCAAACAGUUCCGCGAGUGUUGUGUAAGUAUUUAG